AUGCCACCAAGAAUCCCCAUUAAUAUGCAAUAUAGAACCAAUAGGUUUGAGACAUUUACAAGAAGUGUGAAAGUUUCGGGAUCGACUCAAGUCAAAGACUGGACUAACGACAAGCCUGAUAUUUUGAAUCUAGUGGAUAACGGCUUCUUCUUUUCUCCAUCACUUAAAAACUUGGAUCAAGUAACAUGUGUAUGCUGUGGUAAAAAAGAACACAACAUAAAUGAGGUUGAUAACAUAUCAAGAUAUCACCUUCUGAAUAAUCCAGAUUGUGCAUUGUCUGUGAUUGUUUCUUCAUUUGCCAAUUUUCUUGCAGACGACAAUCAAGACGAGUUUUGGUCUUCUCAAACAAGAAAAUCAUUAAGAGAGCCUUUGACAAAAGAAUCCAUUGAUAUGAGACGAAAGACUUAUAAAAAUUACUGGAAAUUCGAUAAUUUAGUUUCGAGGCCAAAAGUAACUAGUAAAUCCCUUUCUGAAUCUGGAUUUUACUAUUCUCCAAUAGAGGCAGGAAAUGAUAGAGUUUUUUGUAUGUAUUGUGAUUGUUGUCUAGACCAUUGGGAUGAACAAGAUGAUCCAAUACAAGAACAUAUUUCUAAUCUGAAUGGCAACUGCUAUUUCUUAAAAAAAUACCAUGAUAAAGAGAAUGAUAAUGCAGGCAUUAAUUCAAAUAAGUCAAAGAAAAAGACAGAAAAGAAAAGCCAAAUACUGCUUAAGAAAGAUACAUCAGUCAAUGAAAAAGUCACGGAAAAGAUAAAGUCAUCACCAGAUACCCUUAAUUCUAAGGAAGCAUCCCCAAGCAGUACAUCAAGAAAAACGAAUAAAAAAACGGAUAGAUAUCAAAAGACCAAAAAGAAUAAAAGUUUGGGAAGGAUUGAGCCAGAUGAUGAAAAUGUUCAGGGUAUUGAUAGUGACCAAGGCAUGGCGGAGAAUAAUACCUCUCAAGAACCUUUGAUCGAGCCGACAAUAACCAAUGAAAUAAUGAACAAAUCCACGUCUGAUAGUCUACCCGAUGAUGAUCAGCUUUCCCAGAAUUCGAGAAACCUAAGAAGAACUAGGAAUACUUUUAAACUAAAUGAGACCAAUAGCCCGAAUGAAAGUACAAAAGAGGAACCAGAGGUCCAAUUUGAACAACAUGAAAUAGACACUAGAAAUCUUGACCUAGACCUGAUAAGCUCAGACUCUUACUCAAUACCCCAAGAAGCGUUCUCUAAUGAAGAGCAUAUUCAUAUAACUCAAAGUGACGACGAUUCUUAUAAGGCUGAUUUUACAGAGGAGCUGGAUUUUGAGUCUACAACCCAUAUAAAAAUUACAGGGACUAGCGAAGAGCUUUCGAAAGAAUCUAAAGACAGUAGCGUAUCUAUUUCCCGAAGGACUAGGAGCCGAUACACACUACUUGAAGUAAACCCAGAUACAUCAAAUUCCAAGUCAUCUCUGUCAAGUAAGUUAAAAGCAUCGACUGAAAGUGAUACCCAAACCAAAAAAGGCGUUAAAGAAUCAGAGAUGCCCAAUAAUUCGGAAAUACCCAACCUUAAGGAACCCCCAAAUAAUGCAGAGAAUAAUUCCUCAAAAUUUCCUCAAGCGAAGAAGAAAAAUGGUACAUCAAAGGCCAAAACUAUCGAAAAUGAACCCAAAAAGACAAAAGGCAAGAAGAAAAGAACCGAGUCAAUUUCUAAUGAAGGUAAUGGUAAUAAUGAAGCAUUAGAGAAGCCAUCGAAAAAGAAGAAAAAAUUAAAGCUAUCUAAAUUUGCACAAUCACCGUCUCCUCAAUUUUUUGAUACAUCAAAUCAAAACAUUGGUGACUAUGAUGAAGGUCACGUUGACUUUCACGAAAUGGAUGAUAGACCAAAAGUUGUUCUAAUGCCACUGACGAAUACCAAUUUGAAAAAGGACAAUACUAACAUUCCUUCGAAACCAAGGGCCGAAUAUAAUGUUCGAAAGACCAAAGAGAAGGUAAAUAGUAAAGAGAAGAUCCGAAAAGGCGAAUCACAAACCAAUCAGAAUAUAUUGGAUGCUUCUUUUUCAAAUGGGUUAUUUGGGGAUACGUCUGAUGCCAGAGAUGAUGUCUUUAACAAUGAAGUUGAACAAGUCAAACCUCAACCAAAAAGAAAAAGAAGGUUGAGUUCUGAAGAUGUCAGAAACAAAGCCCCAAGAGCGUCUAAUAAAGAUACUAAAAAGAAAGAAAGUCUUGCUUACCACAAGAAUGUCUCAGAAAAGAGUGCAAGCCCUCUCAACCAUCCAAAAAGAGAUGAAAAUGAUUUAAACAAAAAAGACAUUACCAAAGCACAAGAAAAAGAAUUCGGCUCAAAUGACAUCUUAUUUAAUGACAGUGAUUUGAAUAUUGAAGAAGAAGAAGACAAGCCAUUGAAUAAAAAUAUCAAAGAUUUUAACCAAAAUAGACAUUCUAGUGGUAACGAUCAUAUGGAAUUGAGAGACCGUCAUAUCAUUGAGUCCGAUUAUAUUAGGAAAGAAGUUACAGACUGGGAAGAAUCUCAGUCAGAACAAAAGGAAGAGGAGUCAAUCUACCAUGAAGCUGUCAAUGGAGAUUCAUCCCCCAUUCUCGAUCAUUUACCGUCUAAUAUUUCUGGGUCUACUGAUAUUGAGAAUAUUGAAAAAUAUAAGCCACCUGAAACUCUAGAAGGGGAUCACAAAGAAGCAAGCACUGAUACAAAAGAGACCUUUAAGGAAAACUUUCUCGAACCGCUUACUCUUGUGGAGGAUCUGGAUAUCGAAAUAGAAGAACAAGGGUUAACACAUAGCAUAAAGGGCGAUGAAGAAGUAUCUGAAAAUAAUCAACCAGUAUAUAACAGACGAGAGGAUAAUCGGAAGAAACAAGAAGAUGAUUAUAAUACUUCAAGCUCUCCAGUAAGUUCCAGGAGUUCAAUUUCACUUUCUAGAUCAAUCUCGCCAUCAGUGUAUAAGGAAUACGUUAAUGACAUGAAUGAGUUCAAAACAGAGUUUUCCAACCCACAGAUAUCAACAAGCAAAGAAACUGAUCAAUUAGACCAACCAGAAUUGGUCACUGUUGUGAAAAAAAAUCAACUCCAGCCUUCUAAGAAUGACGAUGAUGAUGAAAAUAUGCAUAGAGACGAGAUUGUUGAAGAGAGCGAUGCAGAGGAGAUUACUAGGGAGAGUUUCGAUAAUAAGACACCAAAUGAUUUAACAACAAAAGAAAAUACUUUGAAAUCAAAGAGUACAAAAGAAACAAUACCAGAAGGAAAUACCAAAGAAAAAGAUACUACAGAGAAAAAUACGCCAAAAGAUGUUACUUCGAGAGAUAAUUCACAAGCGAUUUCAAAAGCUAUAGCAAGAGAAGAUGAUACAAAAGAAAAUACUGCAAAAGAAGAUACAAGUGAAGCUAAAUACAUAAAGAGCAAAGAACAGGGAAUACAUAAAUCACGAGAAAUGACUCAAGGUAAAAAAGAUGAAGAUAAGGUGGACAUCGAACCAUCGGAUAAAUUGCAAAAUGGUUUCAAUAGACAUAUUGACGGAUCGAACGAUGGAUAUUUGAAACCAAAUGAGAAAGGAGAAAGACAAAAAAUACAUGCAUUGGCAAGUGAUUCUACUGUUAAAAGCAGAAGUUUGUCAUUUGACCACCAGACUCUCUUCGGAGUCGAAUCGAGUACUCCCGAAAAGAGGAAAGAAUCCUUACAACCACCUAAGAACAUAAAGCCAAAGCGAUUCACACUUGAGCUGUUUGAAGAUGAAUUACUGACCAUGUCUGAUACCGUCAAAUAUCUCGAAAGUUUGCCAACAUCAAAGUAUGGACUCUACAAUGAUAUUGAAGGAGAAAUCACUGAUUUUAUUGCUGCCAUGCCCGAAGAAGAAGAAAACAUGACAAUCGAAGAAUGGCUUCGUCAUAAUGCCUCUAGCUGUGCCAAUACAGUUCGAGACGUCGGUAAUAAAAUGAUCAACUCCUAUGCUAGUAUGUGUGAUGAGAUGAUUAAGGAAGUCGAGUCCUUACCUGAAGAGUAA